AUUCUUCAGAUGCUUUGUAGACAUCAGUCCAGUGAAGUGUCUUCAUUUGUUCUUGAAAGAUCUUUAAAUCGUGUUCAGCUGCUUGGACGAGUAGGACAAGAUCCUGUAAUGAGACAAGUAGAUGGGAAAAACCCUGUGACCAUCUUUUCUUUAGCAACCAAUGAAAUGUGGCGAUCAGGAGAGGCAGAGGUAUUCCAAACAGGAGACAUCAGCCAAAAGACGACAUGGCAUAGAAUUUCAGUCUUUAGGCCUGGGCUCAGAGAUGUGGCUUAUCAGUAUGUGAAAAAGGGAGCACGAAUUUAUGUAGAAGGGAAGAUAGACUAUGGUGAAUAUACAGACAAAAAUAAUGUGAGACGUCAGGCAACAACAAUUAUAGCAGGAAUGCCUUGAAUUUAAAGACAGCUAUGUGGAGGGACCUAACAGGAUGAAACAAAAGAUAACAUCAUAUUCCUUAGUGAUAACAUAAGAGAAAAAGUUUGAAAUCUGCUGCAACCAGAGACCGGGCUGAAAUUCUUUGCAGGACUUUGAAGUGGUUCUCAACAUUUUCUGUUUAAUGACUGAGCUGUGUAAAGUAAAUGAGUUCAUGUUUCUGUGAAGAUAAUCACUGAACAGUGUUGUGGGAGAGGUCCCUGGUUAUCCCAUAGCAUUGCAUUGUAUACGAAGUGCAUUUUAUAAAUAUAUUUACAGUACUUAUCUGUUAAAAUAUUAAUUUUGUGUAGAAAGUAGUCUUGUUUAAUUUGCUUGCUGUUUCUGAGACUCUAAUGCCACUGUGAAUUUUGUACUUGCAAGGAGUAUUUAUAAUACAGCUGUACAGAAAGUAAGAUAUGAGUAACAAUGUAUAUCUUUGCAAGGGAAUUUGACACCCCUGGACAAUGCCCCCCCCCCCCCCCCGCCACACAGACACGCACACAGUUUGUAGGUGAUCAUUGUUUGACAGCUUAUAACCUAGCUGUAUUGAAGUAGCACCUCAACCUACUAACUCAGUGUGACAGUUUACAAACAGUUGUUAAGCAAUUGUUUGUAAAUUGUAAGCUGCAAAUCUAUUUUUUUUUUAAACAGAGGGACAGCUUGUAAAGUAUGGAAAAAGACCUGUUGACUUAAGAGAGCUCUCUGUCAGUGAUCAGGAACAUUUAAUGACAGCUUUAAUGUUCAGAUCCUCAUUUGCCCCACUCUAUUCUGUGGCACUCAAAAUCAAGUCCUCAUAUGAGGAUAACAUGAAGUUAUUGGCCUGCUCUGGAAAAAAAAAAACUGCUGGCUGUGAACUGGACUGUAGAUUUCUGUCAGAUUAGCAUAACCCGGUCCCAUGCAACAGAUGUACCUUGCAUCUUUCGGCUAUACUUUGAGGCAAGAGAUUGUACUAACUGAGGUCCUGCUGUUUCUUCUUUUUGUAAUACCGUUGUGAACUGUUAGCAGUAUUUUUCUUUCAAAGCAGAAAUGUUAAUAGAAAGUUUUGUUACAUUUCCAA